AUGGCAAAGAUCUUACAAGUUUUGACGGAGCGUGGUAGUGUGCCGAAGUGUAUGUGCAAAAAGUGACGGAACGCGUUUUAAACAGUCACAUGUACCAUAAAUACGAAGAUGUUAAAAUUUGGAAGCAAAAGUGACAUUAAUGUUAGUUAUAAAUGUACAGUGCGCUUACUGGAGGACACCGAGAUCGUGGAAUGCGAAUUUCAGGUAACAGCAGAGCUUAAUAGCGUAGACUAUGGAUAGGGUUCCACUCAGCAGAGAGACUGUGGAGGCGAUAAAGACGAAGCGGCAGCUGGAGAGGGCGUGGGAGGAGUACGGAGACCCGGAGGAUAAGCGAGCUUUGAACAGGCAGAAGAAGCUGGUGAGUCGCUUGGUGGCAGAGGACCGCGGGGCGCACAUGCAGGCGCUCGAGGAUGAGCGGCGCGAAGCGGCCGCCAGGAGGGCCAAAGCCGACAGGAUCCGCAAGAUGGUGGCGCGCACCGACGACGACACGCUGUGCGAGUUCGCCGACACCAUGUGCGGCGUCGUCCAGAUGAUGAAGUCUCUCGCCGUCGGCAGCAAGAGGCAGCUCGGCGGAGGUGGAGGCGGCCGGGCCAUACAGUGGUGACAGUCUCUGUCCAGUCUUGGGCAGAACAAGCUCAAUUUUUUCAUUUUUUUUCUUUUCUUCUUUUUUCAGUGCGGGUGGGAAGUAGAAUUCAUGUUACAGUGUAAUAGGCUGCUUAGUGCAGUUGAUAAGUGCUGCAAUAAACAUUAGCUUGGUGAAUACUGUAUUUAGACUUGACUAAGGUCAACAUACCAUUCCAUUUACUUGAUCUUAAGUGUAUUGCAUCUAACUCGUAUCAGUUUCAGAAUAAACCAAAGGGCUUUGCAUAUAGUCAGGCGCAUAUUACAGUUUUCGUACUAAACGCUGAUGCUCUGACUGGACAAUAAAUUAGUUUUCUCGCGGCUUGCACCGUACGACCAGUGAAUGUACUUUUAUUUCUUCUCGUGUAUCACUAAUAUCUGUCCAGUUUGUUCUGUUCGCAGUGUAGAAAACCAAAAAAGUCAAUUCGA